UAUUUAAGGGCUCUCGAACGGUACUUGCAGAUCCUGCAGCUGAAUGCCAAUGAAUUGAAUAAUACCAAGAACGCAGAGAUCGAUGUGCUCUUCUAUAAUCGUGUGCCCAAAACGGGCAGCAUCCAGCUGAUUGAGCUGAUGCGUGCGCUGGGCAAGGUGCACGACUAUGAUGUGGAGAAAGAUCCACAAAAUGGCGGCAUUCGAGCGUUGCUCGACAGCGCCGAGGAGGCUGACUGGAUAGAUAAUAUCGUGAAUCUCGAGGAUGGCACCGUCUUUGCCAGCCACGUUAACUAUCUGAAUUUCACCAAGUACGAACAGCCGCGACCCAUUUACAUCAAUAUGGUGCGCGAUCCGGUGGAUCGUGUCAUCAGUUGGUAUUAUUAUAUACGCGCCCCGUGGAUCUUUGUGCCCGGGCGGCGGCGCAACAAUCGCCAAAUGCCCAAUCCCCAGUGGGUGAACACCGAGUUCGAUCAGUGCGUGCUGAGCGGCGAGAAGGCCUGCACAUACAUUGAGGGCUCGCUGCUGGAGCGUGUGGGCGACCAUCGCCGGCAGACCCUCUUCUUCUGCGGCCACAAUGAGUUCAAGUGCACACCCUUCAAUUCGCGCCUGGCCCUGCAGCUGGCCAAGCAGAAUGUGGAACGCGAGUAUGCGGUCGUGGGCACCUGGGAGCACACCAACGAAACCCUGGCCGUCCUGGAGGCCUAUGUACCGCGCUACUUUGCGGACGCCUCCAAAAUGUACUACUCGGGUCUUCACGCGACCAAAGCGAAUGACAAUCCGAUGAAGCCUCACAUUAGUGAGGACAUCUUGAAUAUGGUGCGACGCAAUUUUACGCGAGAAAUCGAAUUCUAUCAAUUCUGUCGCCAGCGACUGCACAAACAAUAUCUGGCGCUAAAACUCAAUGAUUUGAUGCGUGUGGAUAAUAGUUUAGCGGAGCUGAAAGCGGGCAACGAACUGGCCAUCAGGGAUUAGCUAGUGCAGCACUUAGUCUAGAUGUAGCAUCAAAUUUUCGCAAUUUAUUUUAAUAAAAAAUUGAAAAAGAAACUGA